AUGGACUACAGAGAUGAGGCCGCCGAUUCUCCGACGAUCAAACACCGCCUGAUCUCCUCCUGCCUCCUCUCCCCCUUCCGCCGUCACAACCACCACCACCCCCUCUCCUCGCCUCGCCACCACCGCCACCCGUCCCUCACGCACACCCCGUCCCGCGCGUGGGGAUCCAGGUCGCCCGUCCGCCGCCGCACCAGCGACGGGGACCUCGCGUCGACCCCCGGGAGGGCCGCGGCGGCGGUGGGGAAGGAGAAGUGCAUGCAGUUCAUCUCCCGGAUCGGCUGCGGCGUCGGGCAGGCGGGCGGAGGAGGAGGCGGCGGAGGCGGAUGCGGCGGCGGAGGACAUCAUCACCGGCGAAGGCACUCGGUGGGCGGGGAUUUCCACUACGACGCGCUGAGCUACUCGCUGAAUUUCGACGACGGGAAUUUCGAUGAUGACGUCAGCGGGGAGCUUCCGUCGCGGGAUUUCUCGGCGCGGUUGCCUCAUUCGCCGCCGCCGCCCCCUGCUCGCAGAAACAGGGAGAUCCAAUGCAGUUUCUGA